CCGCUGUCACGGUCACGGACGCGCGCCCAAUGCAAAAGACAAACGAAUCGCCUGUUGCUCUGUGCUGUAAGCUCGCAGUACAUAGUAGUAUAAUUUUGGACCGCUACAUCCAAUCCAAUACCAGCCCUGCUACACAACGCACCUGCACUCCACAGAUCACCAGUCCACUGCUCGAGACAGAGGGGGAGCGAGAGAGAAACCAUGAAGCCUCUCGCCGCCCUGCUCGUCUCCAGCCUCCGCAUCCAUUGCCUUUGCCUACUGCUCCGGUGCGCACUUGCCACGGCGCCGGCGCCGUCCGCCCAUCCCCACCCACAGGCGCCGGGCGUGCACGACUACAACGCGACGGCGUACAACGUCUCGGCGGCGCGGUGCGCGGGCUGCGGCGGCGCGGCGCUGGGCGGGCUGGGCGCGUGGGCGGAGGCGGUGGAGUUCCUCUACUACCACAACGCGGUGCGGAUGGCGCGGUGGGAGCUGCCGCUGGCGUGGUCGCCGCGGCUGGAGUCGUACGCGCGGGCGUGGGCGUCGCAGCGCCGGGCGGACUGCGCGCUGCGGCACUCGUUCCCGGAGGGCCAGUUCGCGCUGGGCGAGAACAUCUUCUGGGGCGGGGCGGGGGCCGACUGGCGGCCCGGGGACGCCGUCGAGGACUGGGCGGCGGAGGGCGUGGACUACUCCUACGCCGCCAACGCGUGCGCGCCCGGCCGGGAGUGCGGCCACUACACGCAGAUCGUGUGGCGGCGCACCGCCUACGUCGGCUGCGCGCGCGUCGCGUGCGACGACGGCGGCGUCUUCAUGACCUGCAACUACUACCCGCCCGGCAACGUCGUCGGGGAGCGGCCCUACUGAGAACUGACCCUACCGCCGGCGAGCUGCGGCGCGAGAUUUUUAGGAGAGUGUAGAUUAGAUUGCAUGGUCUGUCUGUCAUGGAAGUGUAGUUUCUGUUUAAUAAGAGCUUCAGGUUCAGGGA